AUGAGCAUAAGUCAGGGCCGGGAUUUGGAGGUGGUUUGUGGUUCGCUGGCUGAGCAGAUAGUGGGUGGGUAUGAGUCGAAUGUGUUGCAGACUCCGUUUGGGUUGCGUCGUUGCAUCUACGCGGACUUUACGGCGAGUGGGCGAGCGAUGCAGCCGAUUGAGGAGUACGUGAAGAGCGAAGUGUUGCCGUUGUACGGCAACGUCCAUAGCAAGUCAUCAGCAACUGCGCGGCAGUCGAGUUACUUCCGCGAGGAAGCACGUGAAAUCAUCCGCAACUAUCUACACGGUACGCAUGAAGACGCUGUCAUUUUUACGGGGAAUGGUGCUACGGGCGCCGCUGCCAGCUUUCUUGGCAUCCUGCAGAGGCAACACUGGAAGGUCUUGGAAGAGGAGUUGACAGAAACGCGGUGGCACACGUUUCUAUGCCGACCCUGCAAUUUGCAACUAGACGGCGAAGCGGCUGCCAAGGCACAUCUCAACUCGGAAGAGCACCGCCGUCGUGCGGCUGUGCCGGCAACUCAACGCACUGUGUCAGUACGUGUGGUCGUGUUCCUUAUCGACCCAACUCUGCACCACUCUUCCUUCCUACCGUUCAAGGAACUGGAGGACUACUACGACUGCAAGAGCCAAAGCUGGAUACACUUCCGCUAUGAGUAUCUCCGGACCGAGGACACCAUACUGGAUUUAGGCGACCUACAGCGCAAGCUGAACGCACUCGGCAAAGCCAGCGAAGAUAAAAAGGACGUAUGUCAGACUUACGUUUAUUGUAUCCUCAACGGCUGUAGCAAUGUGACUGGCUGCAAACUCGCCGUGAGUCCGACCAAUAGGCUGGUGCACGAAACUGCACGAAACUGGUCCUCUUUCCUGGCGUUCACUGUCUGGGAUCUUGCCAGCGCACUAGGCCAUACGGACAUUCGACUCAAUGCCGGGCCACUGGAACAUGUGGACGUCGCAUUCCUCUCCCCUCACAAGCUCCUCGGAGGCCCGGGGACCGCCGGGGUACUUUGUGUGAAGAAACGGUUCCUCAGCGGCGACCGACCCGGCACCGUCGGUGGCGGCGUCGUCCGCUUUGUCUCUAAGGAAACGCAGCUUUACUCACUCCACCGAGAAGAACGCGAGGAAGCAGGCACGCCCAACAUCGUGGCUUGCAUCCGCACUGGCAUGGUCUUCAAGCUAGCCAGCCUCGUCCCGCUGCCACUGACGGUGGCACGUGAAUCUGAGUUUGCGCACAUGCUCCUCAAUGCAUGGCAAAGAGAGAAACGCAUCCAGAUAUUAGGACCGGUUAUAUUACCCAGAUUUCCCGGUAACGUCAGUGUGGAAUCGGCCAGCAGAACUCUCAAAACCAUCGAGGAACACUACCACGGCACGCGCAAGUCAGUAAUUUCCUUGAUGAUCAAAUACGGGAACGAUCUUGAACGACAGCGACUUGAUGCGAGAGUUGUAGAGUCGGUAGACAACGAGGAGCAUGCCGGCGAAAUCGUCUCCUAUGGAAACAUGCAGAGUUCUGGAGGUCUGUACCUUCAUCACAAUUUCGUCUGUGCUGUCCUCAAUGACGUCUUUGGUAUACAAGCAAGACCGGGCUGCGCCUGUGCUGGCCCUCUUUCACACGAAGUUCUGGGCAUGAACGUUAACUCAGGAUCCAAUGCAGGAUCCAACGGAAGUUUGGUAGAUGAGUAUUUGAGAUGUUUAGAGUCAUCAGGACUCGAAAUAUUCAGACCGGGAUUUACCAGAAUUUCUGUUCAUUACUCUAUGACGAUUGACGAAAUCGAGACCAUUGUACAUGCAGUCAGUUGGGUGGCUAAGUUCGGCUGGAAACUGCUCCCAUACUACACCUUUAAACCCGAUACUGGUGAAUGGACUCAAAAUGUUGUAAAGCCGGACAAGUACCGAAAGUGGUUGAGCAACGUGCAAAUAUCUAACAAAGGAGUUGCGUGGGAUGACGGUAAAGUAGACAUUCCAGUUGAGACAAAAGGCAAGCGCAAAGACCCCAAAAAGCUCGUCGGGGCUGUAGCCAUGCCUGGUAUGACUGAAGCCAUGACCGCAAUGAAAGAAGUGUUGGCCAGACGGCGUGCCGCCGCAGAGAAGAGGGAAGAGGCGAGUAAGACUGGCGGAGAAGGUGAAGGUAGUGGUGGAGAAGGGAGUGGUGGAGAAGGUACUGGUUGUGAAGGUACUGGUUGUGAAGGUACUGGUUGUGAAGGUACUGGCGGAGAAGGCACAACCUGCAAUCAAGCGGCGGCGAACCGAGAGGCGGCCAACCAAGCGACGGGUGCUGAACAAAAGGCGACGGCGGCCCAGAAGCCAGUAAAGGAAGCGAAGCCCAAAUCUGUGGCUGAGAUUCGGAAGAUGCUGGAACAGCAAACUGCGGGUAGUGGGAAGGCACCGAGCGUGAAGGCGCUGGCGUCAGCCUUUGAGAAGAAGACGCCUCCGGGGCGGGCGAAGACUUUCACGGACGGCUUUAUGGCGAAGGCGUCAGAGGGCCCCACUCCGGUGAAGCGGCGGGGCUCGGCAAAGAUGGGCGAAGAGGAGGACCUGGUUCCGCGGCCUGCGCUCAAGUCGACACUGCCGCGCACCGAGUCCCGUGCUGGAGAACCUCGAGCCGUGGAAUCCUCAAGGGACUCCUUGUCCUCGCUGAAGCAGAGUACCUCUUCUAAAGACCUGGCCUCGCUGUCUGUGGGCAAUUCGGUCCUGUCCAAGGUGGGAGCGCUCUCCCUCUCAAAGGGCUCCAAAACCGUUUCUCGCGACUCCGCAGGUUCCUCCAAAGGAUCCAAGGGGUCCUCAGCCAAGCUCGGCUCUAAACUGUCCAGAGGCGACUCGAUUCAGUCCAAGGACUCUUCGCUCAAAGACUUGUCCUUCAAGGGCUCCAGCUGCAAGGCCGGCAGUUCCUAUUACGAGGACACCAAGAGCGUAGAGAGCAAGAGCGUAGAGAGCAAGAGCGUAGAAAGCAAAGACAAAGGCGAGAAUGUACCUGAGGAGCGAAGUGGCGUCGGGAGUCGGCACGGAAGCUUCAGCGCUCGGUCCGGAGGUAAGCGACGCGGUAGCAAGAACUCUCUCGGGAGUUUCGAAGAGAAGAGCGCAGAGCAUGUUCGUUGUAAGACUGUGGCGGCUAAGGACGAGACUACAAAUGCAAAGGACGAGAAGGCGGGAGUGAAGGGCGAGGAGGAAGACCAAGAGAACGUGAUGUUGGAGAGCGACGAGAUUCGUUUAGCUAUUGAGCGUACGGAGAUGCAGGAGGCGCCUCGGGAGUUGCAAGAGUACUACGAUCGAGCACACGAUCUGAUUACGGCCUUGGAAUCGGGGCGUGCGUGUAGUUUGUUCAGCAAGAACCGUCAGGGACAUAGUCCGCCGCUACCGGCGGAGUAUGCACACUUGUUGUGGUUCGCACUUCCGGGCGACGCAAUAUACUCAAUGGGUUUAUGCGGCGGAGACCUACCUAAUGAGGGUGAGCCGGCGGUGGCCUCCAAACCUUCAGAUCUGGGCUACCCGAUUUGGACUGGCGAGAAGCCGGCGACGAGACCAGUACAUUCGCCGUUCGAAGCGAAGCGGUUCCCUGCCCGUAUUAUUUCAGCUGGAGAAGGGUUGUCAGCUACGUCUCAUAGUGCGGAUGCAUCUAAGCCGUUGGAGCCGUCGGAACUGCUGAACUGGAUGAAGUCAAUCAGACACCCGUCAGCCAUGCCGAAGGAAACAGGUGACGAGUCAGACAUGGUAAUGGAGGUUUCGCCCUCCGUGGGCCAUGGCUCCGAGCUCGUCAGCAACGGCUCCAUUAUCAGCGACGCGAUCCGUCGCGAUGGAGAUGUGCCCGAGGAGGAGGAGGACUGCUCCUCGUCGCGUUCCGACCUGGACGCGGGCGCGGCCGGUCCGACUCCCGGCGUAGUCGUGUUCCCGCGGAGUUUAAGACGGAAAGUAGGCGAGGCGGUACGGCAGUUCGACAUGAUUGCGGCGGGCGACCGUAUCUUGGUAGGGUUAUCGGGCGGUAAGGAUUCGUUGACGAUGUUGCAUCUGUUGAUGGAUAUGCAGAAAAGGUCUCCGGUAAAAUUCGAAUUGGCGGCGGCCACUGUGGAUCCACAGACGUUGGAAUAUGACCCAUCGCCGCUGGUCCCGUAUUUGGCAUCUUUAGGUGUAGAAUAUCAUCUGUUAAGUUACCCUAUAAUGGAUUUGGCGAAGCUUAAGAUGGAGGGUGAUUCAUUAUGUGCUUUCUGUGCAAGAAUGAAACGUGGGAUACUAUACUCAUGUAUGCGGCAGCACAAGUAUAACAAGUUGGCGUUGGGACAGCAUCUGGAUGACAUUGCCGAAAGCUUCCUUAUGAGUGCUUUCUAUAACGGGUCUCUUAAUACUAUGAAGGCUAACUACCAGACCAUAGUUAAAGAGUAUGAAGACUACCCACAAUCAGGACAAGGUGAAUGCAAGAUACAAAUCAUCAGACCUCUCGUAUUCGUCCGUGAACGAGACCUCGCUUCCUUCGCAGCCGACCACCAAUUACCCGUCAUCGCAGAUAACUGUCCCGCCUGUUUCAAAGCACCCAAGGAACGUCUCCGUAUGAAGCAUAUGCUCGCCGCACAGGAAUUCGAACACCCAGCAACCAUGAGCAACAUCAAAAAAGCCGUACUACCACUACUAGCCGUCAGCCAUACCGACAAGACCAAAAAGGUGUUCAUAGAAACGCUCAUGCCCCAAGAUGAAUGCGGUGGCAUGUGCUCAAGACAAAACGCAAACAACUAA